AUGAACACCAUACAGCUCAAUAAACCCCAUCCUGCAGAGGAGUUUCUGAAAUCUGGGCAGGGUCUGACCAGCUCUGGGAGAAUUGCUUUCCCUGGCUGCGUCCUCCCAAAUUGCAGUGACUGUGUCGUGUCGUUCCCCGGAAAAUAUGGUGCAGAGUGGGAUGCGGCAGUGUUGGCUGCACGCAUGACAACGCAGCAUCCGCUGUCAUUGGCCUGCGUCUUCUUCACGGAUAAGGAGUCUGGUCUUGGCUGUCACGGUACUAACCCAGAUUCAGGUACAAACCAAUGCUGGUGCCCGACUAUUUACGGCAAAAUCUCAUUCGACGCUUACCUAUGUGUGGUGGACCUCAGGCAAAUUACCGAAGACGAGUUGGAGCGUAGGGAAGCAGACGCCGCAGCUAUGGGGCAGUGCUUGGUGAAGAGAACCAAGCUGGACACGGACAAACAGUGGCGCAGAAAGCUCGAACAAGCAAGGCUCGAAGCGGAGGCAAACUGCGCUGCAAAUCGUGGGCGCGCCCCAUGGGGGUGCCACUGGUUCGAAAAGUGGCAGCAGAACGUGGAAUUGGCGGUGCAGCGAGGUCAAACCUUGCACGUCUUCUAUUUCGAGAAUAUGAAAGGCGAAGGCAAGAUGAAAUGGGAGGAUCUGUGCGACCAGCGCGCGAAGGCAGACGCUCGACGAUAUAGCGGCCUUGGGGUGUCUCAAACUGCCGAAGUCGCUUACCUGGAUAUGCGGCACAUCUGCUACGUUGAGCAUGACAUCACCGAGUUCAAGGCCAUCCUGGAGAAAGGCUGGCAUCGAUACCAGGAGGAAAAUCUCCGGCUGCCUCAGCCCACGAGAGCGCGCGGCCGCACGCAGGCAGUAAGGGAGGUGGAGCUGGGUCCAAUAUCUCGAGCCAGGGCAGACAGAAGGAUGACGAUUCGGUAG